CCUAGCAGCACCACCUGUCAGUGUACAUCAGUGCAGCUCUCAGUGCUCUCAGUGCCACCUAUCAAUGCCAGUCAGUGCCACCUAUCAGUGCUGCCAAUCAGUGCCGCCUAUCAGUGCCAGUCAGUGCCGCCUAUCAUGCCAGUCAGUUGCCUAUCAGUGUGGAGUGGGAUAUCAGUACACAGUGCCACCUAACAGUGCCACAGUGAUGCCUAUCAGUGUUCCCUAUAUGAGUCUGCCUUUCAGUGCCCAUCAG